AUGGCUGUCAUGUCAAAGAUCUUGACUUUUCCGAAUCUUACCCUCGCCGCCUGUGUCGAGGGCUUUUUUGCGAUCAAGCUAUUUCCGAAUUACUACAGCAGUUCAAGUCACUUGGCAGUAGUAGCUUUCAUCUUACUCAUCAAUUAUGCCUUCGGCGUUGUGUUUUGGGUAUUCUUGUACCCGGUGCUGUUCAGUCCACUGCGACGAAUUCCUGGACCAAAGGCGUACCUGAGCGCCGCUCAUAAGUCUCUCGUCGUCAAAGGAAGACCGUCAGGCGAUCUGUUCCUAGAUCUUGCCAAGGAAUAUCCAGAAAACGACCUCAUCAUGCUAAAUUCCUUUCGCGAUCAGCUAUGCCUUAUGAAUCCGCAACUAUUGGCAGAUCUUCUGGUACACAACUGUUACGACUUCGCCAAGCCAAAACGAAUCAGCUCUUUUCUGCGCCAUGUCCUUGGAGAUGGACUCAUUAUCGUGGAGGGUGACCAGCACAAGUUUCUUCGAAAGAACUCGACGCCGGCGUUCCACUUUCGACAUAUCAAAGAGCUGUAUCCUAUGAUGUGGGCCAAGAGUGAGACUCUUACCAAGGCGAUCACACAAGAUAUCACGGAGGCGAGAUCUUCGGUUGUUGAGCUUAAUGGCUGGGCCAGCAAGGUGACUUUGGAUAUCAUUGGCAUUGCUGGCCUGGGUCGCAAGUUCGAUACUGUUGAGAAGAGGGUUGAUCCACUGGCGGACAUCUACGAGCAGCUUCUCGAACCUAGUCGGGAGAAGCUUGUUUUUUCCAUGUUGUCUCUGGCGUUGGGACUACCGAUCAUUCGGCUUAUUCCUUGGAAAAUGAAUGAUCUGUUCAACUAUCUCACCGGGUCGUUGAAUAAUCUAUGCUACCCGAUGAUUAAGGAGAAGAAAGCCGCUAUCAUCGAGAAGGGAGAUGAUCACUUUGAUCUAUUGUCGCUGCUUAUCAAGUCCAACAACUUCUCCGAUGAGACUUUGAAGGAUCAAUUAUUGACCUUCCUUGCAGCUGGACACGAGACUACAGCAUCCGCACUCACCUGGGCAUGCUACCUACUCACCAAACACCCCGACAUCCAGGCCAAGCUUCGAGAAGAAGUCCAAACCUUCUUACCCCUAGAUGUAGACAGCAACACUCCCGACCUGGCCAGCAUCCUCGAACAAAUGCCCUACCUCAACGGCAUCAUGCACGAAACCCUCCGCCUCUACCCAACAGUCCCCCUAACAAUGCGCCAAGCCCUCCGCGACACACACAUCGGCAGUCAAUUCAUCCCCAAAGGCACAGACAUAAUUGUAUCAAUCUGGUACAUUAACCGCGCUCCCUCAAUCUGGGGACCCGACGCAGCAGAAUUCCGACCCGAACGGUGGAUAAACGACGACGGAAAGCCGAACCAGCACGGCGGAGCCAGCAGUAACUAUAAUUUCCUCACCUUUUUGCACGGACCGAGGAGUUGUAUCGGACAAGGUUUCGCGAAGGCUGAGAUGCGGUGUUUGUUAGCGAAUAUGGUCAAGGCUUUUAAGUGGACGCUUGCGAUGGAUGAUAGGCUUGUCUUGCCGAGGGGAGUUAUUACGAUUAAGCCUGAGAAUGGGAUGUAUCUUAACAUGAAGGCUCUAUGA